GCCGGGUUAAUCAAGGAGGUUGUUUUCUCACUAGUUUCCAGUUCCAUAGUUUGGCAGCAGCUGACUGAAGUGGCUGAGUUUGCUGCUUCAUGUAGCUGAAGCUAUGUGGUUUAUUUUAAGAUUGUUGCUGCUGCUGCUGUUUUUGCUAGCUGUCAAAACUCAUCAAGGAAAUGAUCAGGAAGUGCCCUUUACAGAUGAUGAACUGGCUUUAAGCAGCCUUUACUUUGGAAAUGAAACUUUAUGGAGCAGUGGGAUACUUGAUGAUGAUAAUUCAACUUUGAAUGCAAGCAGCUACAGCACAACAGUGACAGUGGAUCGUCAGCCUGAAGCUGAAACGCUGGAAGAAAAUGGGUUACCCAGUCAUACUCAACGUCUACAAAAAGCACAGUUUGCUUUUCAGCUACAGCAGCCCACCUCCUCAUCCAACCAGUCACAGGAGCCCCAGCUGCCACUACCUACAUACCCGCCUAGUGAGACACUCUGCCCACCACUGAUGCCACCACAGGCACCCCCGCAGCUGCCGGUACUAGAACACCACAGUCCUACGCUCUGGCAGCUGGAGGUGCCCCAGCAGCAACGUUCCCCACUCCAGCGGCUAGGGAUGGCCCAGGUGUCUCCAGAGCCCCAUUCCCCACCUCAACAGCUGUGGGUGCCAGAGCAGCCUGGUUUGUCACGCCAGCAUCUGGAUGUAGUCCAGAUGCGUGGUUCACCACUCCAACAGCUGCAGUUUGCAGAGGUGCUCCAGCAGCCUAGAUCCCAGCUCCAGCAGGCUGGUUCUCCAGUUCAGCAGAUGCCCCAGGAACAGGGUUCCCAACUCCAUUGGCCACAGGUGCCCCAGCAGCCCAGUUUUCCACUCCAGUGGCAGCAGGUAGCCCAGGUUCCAAGUUCCCUGCCCCAGCAGCUGCAGGUGGCCCAUAUACCCCAGGAGCAGGGUUCCCAGCUCCAGCAGCUCCAGGUGCCCCAGCAGCCCAGUUUUCCACUCCAGUGGGAGCAGGCGGCCCAGGUUUCAAGUUCCCCACCCCAGCAGCUGCAGGUGGUCCAGUGGCCCCAACGGCCACUCUACCAGCUCCUGAGGCCUCGCUACCAGGCCAGGUACUCACACUACCCGUCCAUGAUCUCACGUUACCAGAAAAGGCUGCCAGGCUACCGACCCAAGAUGCCACUCUUCCAUACCAAGCAUCAUCAGCACCCCCAGCAAAUCAGAUACCCACCUUAGCAAUUUCCCGUUUUUGAGCUGCCUCAUUAAAAUGAUUUCCCCCCCCUUAAUCUUUGUGACUAAGCUGUCCUCACUGAGAUGUUAAAGACUAGCUUGGCAACUGCAGUGACACUUGAGUUUAAUUUCUUUCAGACACAAUAUAAUAGCCACACUGAGAAGAGUGAUGGGCAGGGUAUCUAAUAAAAACUUCAAGAUCAUCCAAGAGUACAGAUGUUUGUUUCUUGAAUCCAUG